AGCACCCUUCUCAAUCAAAAGCAGUCGCCUUUUCUCCGCCUUCCGGCCGAGUUGAGGAAUCAGAUAUAUGAAUACUACUUCGAAGAGGGCUCAGUUUACUUGGAUGACUCUGAGAUAUACUACGCCGACUCCAGUUCUUUUCGUGCCUUCAAUUAUAUUGGACUCAUUCUCGUCUGUCGGCAAAUUCACGCAGAUACGGCAUUAUUUCCAUACACCAAGCUUUUGUUUAAUUUCGCAUGGUUCACAAGUGGGCAGAUUGGGGCCUGGAUCGAGAAAAGGUCUCAGAUCCAGAAGGAAGCCAUU